UUAAAAUAUUUAUUGCAAAAUGUUCUCGAUUCAAAAACAAUACAAACGGCACAGCAAAUUCGACCUCGAAAUUAUGAUGACAAAAUCCAAUAUUUCAAUAGGUAUAUGGGAGAAGAUGAAGAUGCAGAAGAUUUUGACGAAAGAAGCAGUAGUAAGUCAAACCCUAUUAUUGAGGCUGAAAACUGA